ACACACAUAUAUUAAUCUGAAUUUCCGCGACUAUUAAUGGUUUAAAGAUCCUUUUUUCAUUAAUAUCAGAAGUGUUUAAACAUUCUGCGAUGUUUGAAACCGCUUCAAACAAUGACUGAGGAGAAGGGUCGAUCUGGACCACUCAUUUUAUUGACCUCCCCCUUCCUUUACAAUGUUCCUGUUGUGGUAUAUACAUGUACCUCUACUAAAAUACUGUCUUUAAGUUUUUAGCCUUAUCUCCGGCCGAUACGCGUAUUCACGUUUGUUGAUUUUGCAAAGUGAAAAUUGACAUAACACAACCGAAAAAAUCUAUAUAAUGACUAUAUCUCUUUUUAUUCUACCGUAUCAGAAACAUUUGCUAUUGAUUUUCUUAAGUCAAAGUGUGAAAUGACAUGUUUUGACCCAAUCAUCUGCAUCAAAUCGAGUUUGGGGAACACUUUGACUUUAUAGUAUUGCAGGAAUUCAGUAUGUUCACUUAUGGCAGCUGAUGAGGCCCAGUGGGACAGCUUUAUUUUUCCGUGAUGAAAACUUUUUAUCGAUUGGCCUUACUUUGGUAACAAAACAUCCGGGGAAAUCACCGAUAUCAUGUAAAUACAGUAAUCAAAUGGACCCCGAUUUCCUCUCCUUUCAGCGACCACAAAUCUCCGACUCUGGUGUACCGUUCACUAAAUAAAGGCGGUUUACAUAGAUAAUUCGAUUGUUAAACGAUGUGAGAUCAGCAACAUGGAAUAACAGAUAAAAAAGGUUUCUUCUAAAAUAAAUCUCGUGUGAGGAAUGACUUGAUCGCACCAGAAGGGAUUUUUAGACAGGGAUGGCUGACGGACUGAGUGUGAGGACGGUGGUAGAACGUCUGCUUCAGCGGGACAUCCCGGACCAGAUCGGGGAAACCUCGGGGGUGCAGUUUGAACUGACAGGAAUGCGUACAACAAACCUUCAUCUCCCCUCCGCCGCCAUGAAAAAUGACGUCAUCACCACCAAAGGCGGUGGCGUCAGCAUGGUGGGCAAAUACCGCUUCACCUACGGCAGAUUACUAUCAGGCGAUGGAGAUUUUGACGUCAUUGUUUCUGGUCUCUCCCUAGUCAUCAGUCCUCCAAUACGCCACCGAAAUCAAAACGCACGCCACCCCCGAGUAACCCACGUUAAUUCGCAUGGCGACCAACGAAACCCCAACAACGCCGACCGUGAUACCUUAAUGAGGCUUGUCCACCAUGGUCACGUGGAAUGUACGGCUAGGAGUGUCAAGAUCAAGUUCCGGGGGAAGUCGGCCCGGCUUUGUGGCUUUCUGACCAAAGUCUUCUCUCGGUGGAUCAUCUCACAACUCCAAAUCAGCACAGCUGAAUUCGUAAAAAGUUGGUUCCGAGAAGAACCAGACAUGUCUUCUAUUGCCCUUAUGGCGCUCUUCGCAAUGAACGACGACAAUGCAGUGGAGGAAGAAGAGUUACAAAGUCAGUGCUGGAGAUUCCGUAGAAGAAGAAGAGCGUUACAACAUUAAUUUGAAAUUAUUUUGUGACUCUGUUUUGCAUAAGCUUUACAUUUUUUUAUUAUCAUUUAUAUUUAUAUCAUUUUUAUUGCGAGAUGUUUGUUACUAGUUGAUAUUUUCUCAACAUAAAUAUAUAACUAAAUAAACUUUUACAACAAUUUGA